AUGUUCAAAAACUUCAAAGACAAGGCCUCUUUCUUUGAGUCUAAACCCGCCGAUAAGAAUCAAUCUGCGGAGCAAAGCAACGAUGGCCAAGAUCUGACGUCAAUUCUCAAUCGGUCGCAACGCGGCGACCUAAUCAACUUGGUAGCGGAAAUUGCCGAGUCGAUGAGAGUGGGCAUACUUGAAGUUUUUGAGCCUUCAGAGAAUAGCUCCUCGGCUGGAAGCUCUCCAAGCCAAACCCCGUCAUCUGAGAAAGGCGAACAAGAAGCCCAGUCAUCGUCUGGUCAGGUUACGGAUCAGGCUCAUCGUCCGGGACGCUCACAACGUCAAAAUUCCGGCCAAAGACCUAACGCGACCGCGGUGGCUGCAAAGGCACGUGCCAAGAGGAGAACAAUCGAGCACUUGGACAAGUGGAGAGAUUCGGUUCUGCAGCGCAUCGGGGAAGUUGUGAAUCAACGAAAUGAAUCGAAUGACCAGACCGGUCCUGACUCCGAGGCGAAGAGGGAUGACCUUCCGCUCGAAGAGGACGAAGAGCGCUGUAAGACUCUUCGCCAAGUAUACCAUCCAAUUGAAACACCUCUUCUCCAGCUUCCCAAAGCUACACGGCUUCUGGUCCUUCACUCCCUACUUCUCUUGCUGUUGAGUCUCAAGCAUUAUAACGCCUACUCGAGGGUGCUGAUGCUGCACGUUGCCGCCAGUCUGGAAAUUGACAUCAAGGUAUUGAACGAGGACGAAAAUAAGGUCGCGCGCGGAUUAUUGGACGCCGUGUUGUCACAGUCGCAAGUAGGCGACAAGCCAUCCGAGCCCAAGAAGGAUGACAGUUCCCGCAAGUGGAAAGUUGGACUUGCCUCAGUCGCGGGGGCUGCUCUGAUCGGAAUCACCGGAGGUCUGGCUGCACCCUUGGUCGCCGCAGGCGUCGGAGGCGUGAUGGGAGGGUUGGGCCUGGGUGCUACCGCAGCGGCUGGAUAUCUCGGCUCUCUGGCGGGUAGCAGCGUGCUUGUUGGGGGUCUUUUCGGCGCAUACGGUGGACGAAUGACCGGUCGCACAAUGGAAAAGUAUGCGCGUGAAGUUCAGGAUUUCGCUUUCGUUCCCACUCGAGGACAGCAGACACCCGAAACGGGGGACGAGAAGGAUGAAGCCAGGCAGGAUCAUCGUCUCCGCGUCACAAUUGGUGUAACCGGAUGGGCGAAGAACAGGUCUGAUUUCGUCGUCCCAUGGCGAGUUCUUGGAGACAACUCGGAAGUUUUCGCGCUGCGCUGGGAGACCGAGGCUAUGAUGAGUCUUGGACACGCUAUCAACAAUCUCGUGACGAGUGCCGUGUGGUCCGUUGCAUCACGGCAAAUAAUCAGCCACACGGUUUUUUCGCUUCUCGCUAACGCUGUCAUGCUCCCAAUGAGCUUGAUCAAAAUCGCCAACCUCGUCGAUAAUCCUUUUAGCCUGGCCAAAACUCGGGCCGAAAAGGCCGGUGAAGCGCUUGCGGACGCCCUGAUCAACAAAGUCCAAGGUGAAAGACCGGUGACUUUGAUCGGCUACUCUUUGGGCUCUCGUGUGAUCUAUUCUUGCAUGCAGAGCUUGUGCAGACGAAGCGCCUAUGGAUUGGUGGAGUCGGUGAUUCUUAUGGGAUCUGCGACUCCCGCCGACGUAGAAGCAUGGCGUCGCAUCCGAAGUGUCGUGAGCGGUCGAGUUGUGAAUGUCUACUCACAAAAUGACUCUGUCCUCGCCUUCCUCUACCGGACCAGUAGUCUUCAGGCCGGAGUUGCUGGCUUGCAGCCCAUUGAAGGUGUUCCUGGCGUUGAGAAUGUCGAUGUGACUGAGAAGAUCAGCGGUCAUCUCAAGUAUCAAUUUGCCCUUGGACAGAUACUCGACACGAUUGGGCUCCAGGAUCUUGAUCCGGUUGAGAUCAAGCGUGAGGAAGCUGCAUGGGCCGAGGAGAACCAGAAACAGGAGGAAGAGCGCGCGUAUAACGAGAAGAACGCCAAGCCAGAGGAUAAGAGCAUCCCAGAUGGGGGCGAAAGUAAUAUUCACUCAGAGAACGCACCGAAGGAUCGAUCGUCGCAGGACCAGACCAACGCGCAAUCCGACGACGAGGGGACUCAUCAUCGUAUCCAGAUGCUAGAUUUGGAUGACUAG